CCAAACCCAAACCAACUGAUUUAAACCGGAUCAUUCCCUCUCUUUACUCUGAUCCGAUCUCUUCCUCUCUUUUUAAUUCAUGGUUUCAAUUUCUUCUUCUUCUCCUUUUUCAAAAAUUUGUCACCUCCGAGAUCAGAUCUGAUCGUCGGAAUUGAGAUGGCGAGGAAUAAACUUGUAAGUGGUAGUCAUGGGAUAUGGAAAUAUUUCAACCCAGCGUUUUAUCUCCGAAGACCAAGACGUCUUGCUUUGCUCAUCAUCCUCUUCGUCUCUGUUUCAAUGGUUGUUUGGGAUCGUCAAUCUCUUUCCCGAGACUACCAGUUUGAAGUUUCCAAGUUAAAUGAAGAAGUUUUGCGGUUGCAGCAGAUGUUGGAAGAGAUAAAGAGCGUCACUGAGGAUGUGUCUGUCAAUAGUUUGAAGGAUGUUCAGGAAGAUCCAGUUGAUGCUCAGCGAAUGCAGAGAGUUAAAGAGGCAAUGGUUCAUGCUUGGAGUUCAUAUGAAAAGUAUGCCUGGGGACAAGAUGAGCUUCAGCCCCAGACAAAGGAUGGUGUUGACAGCUUUGGUGGCCUGGGUGCAACUAUGAUAGAUGCAUUAGACACACUAUAUAUAAUGGGUCUAGAUGAGCAGUUUCAGAAAGCCAGAGAGUGGGUAGCAAGCUCAUUAGAUUUCGACAAGGAUUAUGCUGCCAGUAUGUUUGAGACAACCAUAAGAGUGGUAGGAGGGCUUCUCAGUGCGUAUGAUCUUUCUGGGGAUAAAAUUUUCCUUGAAAAGGCUAUGGAUAUUGCAGACAGAUUAUUGCCUGCAUGGGACACUCAAUCGGGUAUACCAUAUAAUAUUAUCAACUUGAAGCAUGGAAAUGCUCACAAUCCUACAUGGGCGGGGGGAGACAGUAUUCUUGCAGAUUCUGGUACUGAGCAGCUUGAAUUUAUUGCCCUUUCCCAGAGGACAGGGGACCCAAAAUAUCAGCAAAAGGUAGAAAAGGUUAUUUCAGUGCUAAAUAAGAACUUCCCUGCUGAUGGUUUACUUCCGAUAUAUAUAAAUCCCGAUACAGCUAAUCCAUCGCAGUCUACAAUAACAUUUGGUGCCAUGGGAGACAGCUUUUACGAAUAUUUGCUCAAAGUUUGGGUGUUUGGGAACAAAACUUCAGCAGUGAAACACUAUAGAGAUAUGUGGGAGAAGUCAAUGAAUGGUCUGCUAAGCUUGGUUAAGAAAUCAACACCUUUGUCGUUUACAUAUAUCUGUGAGAAGAGUGGAAAUUCUUUGAUCGAUAAGAUGGAUGAAUUGGCAUGCUUUGCUCCUGGAAUGUUGGCUUUAGGAGCAUCUGGGUAUAGUGAUCCUGCUGAAGGAAAGAAGUUUCUCACACUCGCUGAAGAGGUAAACUUAUGACUUGAAUGAUCUUUGAUCAUAGCGUCGUAAGUGCUUCAGAUCUUUCGAAUUUUUCGCUCUCUGCUUUUCUGAUUUAGGCUGCUGAGAUAUAGCCUUUAUUGCUAUUUUCCACAUAUUUUGCAGCUUGCGUGGACAUGUUAUAACUUUUACCAAUCAACUCCAACAAAACUGGCUGGGGAGAAUUAUUUCUUCAACUCUGGGAGUGACAUGAGUGUUGGAACGUCGUGGAACAUCUUGAGACCAGAAACUGUCGAAUCACUGUUUUACCUCUGGCGGUUAACUGGAAACAAGACAUAUCAAGAGUGGGGAUGGAAUAUAUUUGAAGCAUUUGAGAAGAACUCGCGCAUAGAGUCUGGAUAUGUUGGUUUGAAGGAUGUUAAUACAGGCGUUAAGGACAACAAGAUGCAAAGUUUCUUCCUUGCAGAGACACUCAAGUAUCUCUAUCUACUCUUCUCGCCGACAACAGUCAUUCCUUUAGACGAGUGGGUAUUCAACACCGAAGCUCAUCCACUUAAGAUUAAGUCUCGAAACGAUCAGGUAAAUCUCAAACAAUCCAACAAAGUACUGCUACGAAAACCGGCAUUUAGAAUACGCCAGAGGCAUUAUGGUCGGAUAACAAAGAAGUAAAACUCCCUGGAGAGGUCACAGUGUGAUUCGUAGGAGGGGCUCUAUGGAUAUAUCUUAACAGAGCAAUUGGAUUUAGCUUGGCUAUUCAAAGACCCUUUUAUUUAAGAAACCAUUUUUGGAAAGAUUUCAAGAUAUAGACUAUUGUUGUACUAGUUGGGAUCAGAACCCAAACAGGUUCACCACAGUUUACACCUUGUGUUUUGUAUCCUUACUCCUUAGAUUAUAAAUUAAGAGUAUUAUCUUCUGUUUUGUAUUCGACAAAAGAUCAAUGUAUAAAAGUUUAUAUAAAAGACUGCAACAAUGCAG